UUUGUCUUCCUCUUCUCUCAAAAUAAAUAAAAAUAUUAAUUAAUUAAAUAUUUGAAUAAUUUGAUUGAAGGUUGUAGUAGUGAUGAUGGACACUCAGCUUCUCUGCUUUAACCGCACCAACGUUUUUCUUAAACCUUUGCAGAAUUCUCGUUUUCGAUUCUUCGGUGCUCUUCGAAACACUCAAUUCUCUCCUUCAGGUUUAAGUUGUAAUAGAAUAAGGUGUUCGAUGAAGUCUUAUAGAUUAUCAGAGCUAAGUAAUGCCGAGGUCCAAAACUUGAAGGCUCGACCUCGUAUUGAUUUCUUGUCUAUUUUCAGCACGGUCCAUCCAAUUGUUGCUGAUGUUCGGAAUAGAGGAGAUGCUUCAGUUAAAGAUUACACUGAGAAGUUUGAUAAAGUUAAACUUGACAAAAUUGUUGAAAAUGUCUCUGAGCUUCCUGACCCAGAGCUUCAACCUGCUGUUAAAGAAGCAUUUGAUGUGGCAUAUGACAACAUAUAUGCUUUUCAUCUUGCUCAAAAAUCAGCCGAGCAAAGUGUGGAGAACAUGAAAGGUGUUAAAUGCAAAAGGGUGGCAAGGAGCAUUGGUUCUGUUGGUCUUUAUGUACCAGGAGGAACUGCUGUUUUACCAUCAACAGCUCUGAUGCUUUCAGUGCCCGCUCAAAUAGCUGGGUGUAAAACUACUGUUCUGGCAACUCCACCAAGUCAGGAUGGCAGCAUAUGUAAGGAGGUACUGUAUUGUGCCAAGAAGGCUGGUGUGACUCACAUCCUUAAAGCUGGUGGAGCACAGGCCAUAUCUGCUAUGGCUUGGGGGACAGAAUCUUGCCCAAAGGUUGAGAAAAUUUUUGGGCCUGGAAAUCAGUAUGUCACAGCAGCAAAAAUGAUUCUCCAAAACAGUGAAGCAAUGAUUUCAAUUGACAUGCCUGCUGGUCCUUCAGAAGUUUUAGUCAUUGCGGACAAAUAUGCUAGUCCUGUUCAUAUAGCUGCAGAUUUGCUUUCUCAGGCCGAGCAUGGGCCAGACAGUCAAGUUGUUCUUGUAAUUGCUGGGGACGGAGUGGAUCUAAAAGCUAUUGAAGAGGAAAUCAGUAAGCAGUGUAACAGCCUUCCAAGGGGAGAGUUUGCUUCAAAAGCUCUUAGCCACAGUUACACAGUAUUUGCUUGUGAUAUGAUGGAGGCAAUCUCCUUUUCAAAUUUGUAUGCACCUGAGCAUCUGAUUGUUAAUGUGAAAGAUGCUGAAAAAUGGGAGUGCUUCAUUGAGAAUGCAGGUUCAGUGUUCUUAGGGCCAUGGACACCCGAAAGUGUGGGAGAUUAUGCAAGCGGGACAAACCACGUACUUCCAACAUACGGAUAUGCACGGAUGUAUAGUGGAGUUUCUCUUGAUUCCUUCCUCAAGUACAUGACAGUGCAAUCCUUGACAGAGGAAGGUCUGGAAAAGCUUGGUCCAUACGUAGCAACCAUGGCGGAAGUGGAAGGUCUUGAAGCCCACAAGAGAGCUGUAACUCUGAGACUAGAGGACAUCAAAGCCAGGCAAGUUGUCAAUAUCAGAUAACAUAUUACAUCAGUGAGCCUCUUUUUGUUGUAUUUAUUGUCAGAUUUUUUGGAGAAUAUCCUCUCAUGUUUUGUCAAUUCUAUACAAAAUU